AUGCAAUUUUCCACCGUCGCUACUGUUGCUGCUGUCGCUGCCGUUGCUAACGCUCAAUACAACUCCACUGUUACCUCUACUGCUACUGAAAACUUAACUACUUUAGUUACUAUCACCUCCUGUGAAGACCACAUCUGUAAGGAAACCGUCUCUCCAGCUUUAGUCUCUACUGCUACCGUUACUGUUGACAACGUUGUUACUCAAUACACCACCUGGUGUCCACUUUCUGCCGCUGCCAACACUACUGUUGCUACUUCUUCUGCUCACAUUUCCAAGAACGCUACCUCUGCCGCUUCUACUAAGCACAGUGUUUCCUCUUACCACGGUGCUGGUGCUAAGGCCUUACCAGCUGCUGGUGCUUUAUUAGCUGGUGCUGCUGCUUUCUUAUUAUAA